GACCUGUGAACGUGAAAGGCUGAUGCCUGAACGAUGGUGUUGGAGUGGAACUGUGGAAGUUUUUUUAAAUAAAUAUUUGAUUAGUGGAGGGAUGUAAAUUGUUGUCGGUGUUGUCAUAUUAAAAUAAAGUCCCCGUGACUGCCAAGUACUAUGACAUAUGUCAAAAUACCUUUGGAACAUUUUUGAAGUAUCUGCCUGAUUGGUAAGUGAAGAUGGAUAAGGUUAACACGAAAACGCAUGAAUCCGGUGUUAUGUUUUUGAACGGGGACUCGGUGAUUUUCGAAAACGGGCCGAAUUACGGCAACGAUAUUAUCCAACAAGCUCUGAACAACAUCAGCCCAAUUUCUGAGAAAAGCUAUUUGACAGAUUUCAUCGAAAACGAUGGUCUCUUCCUUAAAAAGUCUAAAAGCUCCUGUCCCGAGGAGACGUCGAAUCUGAUCAAUUUGAGUUUUCAAGAAGGUUCGGAUCUCGGCAUGGGUCUGACUCUGGAAGAUCAUAAAAUUAGCCAAGCCGAUUCUCCAAAUCAGACGUUCAACGCCCAAGAUGGAGAUUUCAACAAUCUUUUCGUGUCGCCCGUAACCGGCAAAGAUCACAAGUUCACCUGCAUACCGAACAUCAUCGACGGCAAGCUCACAUACCAGAUUCAAAUACCGGAACUGACUCCACCGACGGUGAAACAAUCCGAACCCACUGCUCCGGUUCUCACGUUGUUCACUUCUACUGACAAUCCGGAAGGGUAUCGGUUGACCAAUCAGGAAGCCGGCAAUCUUCAGAAAGGAGCCAACGGUUCAAUACUCAAGCUCGCAAAAAACACUCCUAAAUUUAAACUCGCCGAUAAUCAAAAGGUUGUCCUUGUCUCGCCGCAAAAUCCUGUCCAAAUUGCACAAAAGAAACAGGCCAAGCCGAUUUUUACGACUAUCGCUUCUAAUAAUGAUUCUUUGCUCAGCACUAUAAAUGCGCCGAUAAGUCUUUUGAAUGCGACCUCGUCUAACAAGAAUGGCAUAUUUGUCAUCAAGCAAACUCCCAAUACGGUACCUAACAUAGCGCAAGGUUUCAAAAUUGGCAAUAACGUGUUAAAGAAUAUCGUUGUAAACAGUCCAAAAAAUAUCACACUCGGAACGACAAACAACACUGUACAAAAUGGCAUAAUCUUGAGCAAUGGAAACGUCAUCAAUAAUGGUAUCAUAUUAAAGAACAGAUGUGCUGUCGUAAGUUCUGACAAGAAUAUUGGCAAUAAAAAUGGACAAUCGUCGAGUGAUAAUACAGACAUCCUACUAGCUAAGAGUGAUAAACCGUUGAUUAAGAAUCAGUCUUUCAUCAUUAAAGACGCAGGGUUAUUGAACAGCAUGGCCUUGAAUACAGGGAAACCAAACUGUGAUAAUGGUAUUAUAUUGAAAUGUAAUAGUAAACAAAUUAAUUUAGGGCUGACCCCGCAGAAGAUAAAAGUAGUGAAUAGUAAUGGUAUUACAAAGUUGGCUCAGAUUGUACCAAAUACGGCUAAUAAUAAAAAGAAAUCUCCAGUUAAACCUAUCACUCCAUCUGUCGAUAAACAAACAAAAACUACAGGGUCUGUAGAUAAAAGUUCACCUAAAAAACCAUCAACAAAACCGUUGUUUGUCAUGACGACUAAAAAACAGGAGUCAGUUUUAAUACAACCUCAGAGCACACAACAUGAAAAUCAGAACACCAAUCCUAAUACAGAGAGUCCAUCAUCACUGGCUGCACUGGCUGAAAAAAUUGUUCCUAUUACAAAGAAUCCUAUAGGAAAGCUCACGGAUUCUCAGUUAAAGAGAAUUGCUGCAGUACUAGGACAGAAUAAAUCUUCAUCUUCUGCACUUGUUGAUAACGGAGACAAUUCAAAAAUAUUGUGCAGAAUACUUUAUCCAGAGGAUUUCAAACCUGGAUCGGAGAAGAAAGUUAUGCUAAAAUCAAAGAAGAAAUUUUUGGCUAAAAAGAAACGAUCUAACACAGAAAAAGUGACUGAUGAUAAAAAUGAACAAUCAUCCCCAGAAAUUGUCAAAACUAGAAGAACUAGAUCUGGGCGAUUAGCGAGGCCGCCUGUUCAUAUAACAAAGCUUUACAGAAAAUCAAAUGGUAAUAGUUGCCAACCAGAAGAGAAUGACGAGAACACACCUGCUCCCAUUCUUCUUCCUGGUCUACCGAGCGAGAAGCGACAAGUCACCAUUUCUCAACAUUUCCGAUGUAGAACAUGUAAUAAAUUGUAUUUGAACAGGGCCAAUAGAGCAAAUCACUUGAAAAAGUAUCCGGACCACUUUCUUGACUGUGAUAUCAUUUCGACAAACUCGACAGCAAAGAAAAACGCUUCACAGAAAAGGUCGCCUUUGCAUUUAAAACAGUUGAUUGAAAAGUAUAACGAGAAAGAAAUUGUUGGCGCAACUGGAAGUAUAGUCGCUAAAAAUAUAAGUCUUUGGGAUUUUAUCUUACUCCGUCUGGAAAACACGGAAAACAACGGGAAAAGCAAAGUGGCUUAUCUCUUGGAAGAAUUGGAAAAAGUAGUUCAAGAAGUGAGGACAGUCUCUCAUAAAAUUCUGAAUCAUUCUGAUGCAAGCGAACUUGUAGAAACAGUCCAAGUCAAGGAUGAUUUGAUGGGGUUGAUGUUGGGGCUUAAACCAGGCUUUUACGUUCCCAACGAUGAAGGAUUAACAACGACACAACCGGAAAAAAGGCCAUAUCCCGAUUCUGAGAAUGAAGAGAAAUUAAACCAUAAAAGAAUGAAACCGGAUAUUUUGAUGACUGAAGAUAUCAAUAGUGAUCCCGUUAAAGACUUAUCAGAUCCUGCUCUUCUCCAAGACAUUUACAUAAACCAAUCUGACUUGGAGAGUGUCGACCAAAUUGUCAAAGAACGACUCCAGUCUUUGGCCCCGGGCGAGGACAUAAUAGUGCCUGGAUUGGGUACCGACGACGACAUUAUGGAAGGUUUGUUAAAAUCUGUCGAACCGCUUUCAGAUUCAAUCUUGUUCCCGACCCCGGUGUCAGAGGCGACUGAAGAUUUGUACAAGACUCUCGAAAAUUUAGCCGAUGAAAUACAACCGACCACACAAUUAGAUUUUACCGAUCUAAGCAAUGAAUUCAAUAACUCAGGAACAAUAAUGAAACUAUAGCAGCUAUUUAAGACUCUUUUAAAUAAGGUAAAUGUAUAAUUUUAAACAAUUUAAAUAGUUACUUCUAUUUGUUAUACCAUUCACAAAUUGACAGUUUCAUAUUUAUUGACUGAAACCUAAUUUUUUUCAAAAAGACCAUUUAAAUUAGUUUGAAACGUAAAUUUCACACUAAUCUAAAUUUGAUUAAGUGAUAAGAAAGAGAAAUUUAGAACUUCCAUUUUUUUGCAAAUUCAUUUUGCUAAUAACUGUGAUAUAUGUAGAAUUUAAGUAAAAGUUAAAGCGACACACUCCUCUAUAUAUAUUUAUAGAGUCGUUUUAACUUCUUAAAAUUAUUUCAUAACUAGAUAAUGGAGAUUUAUGAACAAACACCAACGGGUUAUUUGAUAUAACGUAGAAAACUUUGGUACAAAGAGAAGGAUCAGAACAUAGCUGUUAUGGUUAAUAACGGAACCGUUUUUAUCCAUAUUACUCCAUCCUUAACGUAGUUAUGAACAUUAUUAAUUAUACUAUCGCAAUUAUAUAGUGAGAUAAUAAAAAAAGUCCCUUUAUUUGACAAGUGGGUUGACAUAAGAUUUUUUAAUAUCUUUUAAUGUUGCCGUUUAAACUUGUGAAGUGGUAAAAAAAUGACUAUACAAACUGUUUUAAUACAAAUUGUACAGAUCGUCUUUUUUAAAAAUAAAUGUUAACAGUAAUGUUAAAUACAGUAUUAUGAUUAUUGCUCCAACUUUAAUUUUAGAAUUUAUUCACAAGUUAGAAAAAAACAAAACAGCAAGAAUACUAUCUUAAAGACUAAAAAAACUACUAUUGCUCAUAUUGUAUUUAUUUAAGUGAAAUUCUUUUUGUUUUUUAUUCAUUCCAAUGAUAAUACCAAAGUAAUUAUUGAGAAAGUGCGGUUUAUUUAAUCUGUUUUUGUGUACCUGAAAUUCAGAACAUAUUUUAAUUCUGUUCUAUUUAAACUUUGUCUUAUAUUGUUUGCUGAUACCAAAGUUUCUGAUUUAUAUUUAGAAUUGAAAUUCAGGUUUGUUUUAUUUUAAAAUGUAUAAUAUUUGUAUUAUAUAUGUUAUACAAUGCCUACAGAAAAAAACGUUUUUAAUUAAUAAUUUUUUUUUUAAAUUUGUAAAUUUUAAAUAGAAUAUUCUUAUUUUUCAACAUAUCGAAUUGUAUGUAAUUUACUUGAGUAUGCAGUCAUGAUGUUUUCGGUGGCCUGAUGAUUAAGUGGAAAUUAAAUCAUUCCAGGAGAAGUUCUGUGGUGAUAAUGUAUUGUUUAAUAUUUUUAUUUAUUUUAUUAUCAGCAGGCAAUAUCAGUUGAACUUGUACCUGUGAAGUAGCAUUAGAAAAUAAUACGCAUUAAGACAAAUUGGCUGUAAUUAGUUGCUUUUUUUUCUUCAACGAGUGCAAUAAUUUUUUUGUCAUUAAUGUUGUAAAUUAUAACAGGAAAGUUAACAUUGUGCCUUCAAAGUAUGCCGAAUCUAAUUUUAUCAUUUAAGAAAAUGACAUUAAGAUAUUAUUUAAUUAAGAUAGAACAGUCUACCUUUAGCCUAAUAAACACACAUGACAUCUAUGCCAGUAUUGAGUAUAACAUUAGUACUUAAUGCCGUUGUGCCUUUCAAAACUAAGUCAUGUAAAUUGUGAUUCUGCUUUACUUUUAUUCCGUUAGGAGUUUGGCCAAGCUGCCAGAUCGAUUGUUUUCUUACAAUUAAAUAGGUGUAUAUUAAUUUAAUCUUAAGGAUGUUAUUAGAAAAUAUAUUUGAGGUUUUGUGAUUUUUUUUUAUUGAAGACUGUUAAAAGGUUCUUUAGUUUUCUGUAGUACCUAUUACAAAUUAACUGCCUAUACAUAAUUAAUUUGAUUAAUAUUCAAUUAUUAUUAAAUCUAGAUGAUAAAGUUGUUAAGUUGCAACAAUGUAAAUGUAUUGAGUGUGAUUAAAUUAAAUAUAUACAUGUAUCAAUUA